GCAAGCAGUCGGGCGAACAAGCCCGCAACGUAACCACGCUUCUUGCCGCGUUCGAAAAAAAGCCGCGAAUUUCAGUUUUUACGCGACAGUGACAGUUGUUUUUUUUUUUGUGGCCAGUGUGAAAUGUGUUGUGUUGUGCAUUUUUAAAUACAAAAAGUUUGAGAUCCGGAUGAGUACCAAAAGCUGAUAAAAUGGGUCACAAGCAAUACCGGGCGGUGGGGCAGAGCGCCCGAAACCGGCUCUUCGGUUUAAACCCACGGAUUUCAGGCGAUGAUAAGUCCGUACCACUUAGUAUGCUGAUCUCCCAACAGGGGAAACUUAAUCACGGUCGCCUAGCAGUCAUAACAUUUAGUAUUUGCACCGUGGUGCUCGGAAUAGUCCUGUCAUUUGUGCCAUGGCUAGAUUAUAUUAUAUUAAGGGAAUUACGCUUAUGGAAUGGAUCGCUGAGCUACAGUUACUGGCAAAGGCCAGGAGUGAUAAGAUUAACCAAAGUCUACAUCUUCAACGUGACCAAUCCGCAGGGGUUUUUGGAAAAUGGAGAAAAACCAAAGUUGAAUGAAGUCGGGCCUUUUGUCUAUAGGGAAGACAUGGAAAAGGUGAACAUAAAAUUCCACGACAACGAUACGGUGACAUAUCAACACAACAAAAUACUGCGAUUUGUGCCGGAACUCUCCGUGGAUAAGUCACAGAAACUGGUUGUGCCGAAUAUACCGCUUUUGACCGUUACGUCGUUCUCUCCAAACAUGGCGUCUUUCGUGUUUAAUCUUCUUGUCUCAGGGCUGUCUCUGACAUACCGAGAGAGAGCCAAACCCUUUGUCCACGUCACUGCUGAGGAACUGGUAUUUGGGUACAAUGAUCCGUUAGUCACAUUGGCACAUUAUUUCUAUCCAAAGGGCAAGCGACCUAACAGCCAAAUGGGAUUGUUAUUAGCGCGAAACGGUACACUGUCCGAAGUAUCAACGAUAUAUGCCGGUCAAGAUAUGAAGAAAUUCGGUUAUCUGGACAAGAUUAAUGGUCUGGACCACCUGCCACAUUGGAAGGAGAAACCCUGCACUAAUAUUAGGGCAUCUGAAGGAUCUUUCUUCCCCCCUCGGUCAGUCACUAAAGAAGACAUCGUUUAUAUUUACGACAAAGAUCUGUGCCGAAUCCUACCCAUGAAGUACCGUAAAGAUACGUAUAAAGACGGUAUCAAAGUAGCUUUAUACACACCUCCAGAGUCAACGCUAGAGAGUGCUGAACUCAACCCAGACAACAGAUGCUACUGCGAUGGAAAUCAAUGCCCCAAACGGGGACUGCAGAACAUCAGUCCUUGUCAAUACAAUGCACCGGUAUACCUAUCAUACCCACACUUCUACGAUGCUGAUCCAAGUCUACUUGAGGCGGUGGAAGGUCUCUCACCAGAUAAAGAAAAACAUGAAAGCUACUUUUUGAUACAGCCUAAAAUCGGAGUUCCACUAGAGGGUCAAAUUCGCGUGCAGCUAAAUUUGAAAGUGGACAGCGCUUCAAAUAUUCGCGUGAACAACAUUCACAAGUUUCCUGACAUGGUGUUCCCGGUGAUGUGGCUCCAAGAGGGCAUCGAAGAAGUAACAACACCAAUAUGGCGUUUGAUAUUCCUCGCCACUGCAUUUGGUCCAGUCUUCGCUCCCAUCGUAUCCUACUCUCUAAUAAUAUGCGGAAUCCUUCUCAUAAUCUACGUCUUUAUAAAAGCCUACAAGAAAUUUGUAAUAGGCCAAAACUCGAUCGAAAUAGUCGAACUUGGGCGCGAAACUCUCCGCCGUGGCUCAACUUUGAUCAUUAACGGAUCAAAACUAUUAAAUCACAAGGAAACGUCGUAUCAACCCUUACGAAAGUCAACUUCAACAACAAGUAGCGGUGAAGAAACGCUACAAGAGUUAACUUUUAUUGAUAAAUCGGAAAAUUUAAGUCAAAGUAUGGAUGAGUUAAAGAGCAUAUUGAAUAGGGAUUUUGUCAAGAGUAAUUUUAAUGAGGCCGAGCGGGAGUCGUUAAUACACGCAGAUAAUGCCUUUAUUUUAUCUGAACAUAGGCGAUAUAGUGUUUUUAAAAUACCGGAGAGUUUGAAGUGAGGUCGCUUUUGGGUCACUGAGUGAGGAGUUCAGAGAUUUUUGUAGAUGAACGAACUUAUUUAUUGAGAAAAAGGACGAUUUGUCGUAGUUCAUCUAAUUGUUACGGUGUGUCAAAAAUGUAGGUGUUAAAUCGUUAUAUCUGUUUCAUUGAUAAUUUUUCUUUUAAAGGCAAGUAAGUGAUUGACCUUUUUUGACACACGUCGACUUAUUGGUCUAAGGAUAAUUUGCAGUUGUUUCUUAGCACUAAGUAUGACUCCGGUUUGUCAAAAAUUUAUUAAACUUGAUACUUUCUCGAGUCUGAAGUUGACAUUAUUCUUGCAAUGUUACGAAAAAUAUGUUUAGAUCACAAAGCUUUACCUUUGAUUUGUUUAUUUUAAUUUCACAUGAAAAAUUUUUUUUAAAUUAAUUAUUUGCUAAUGGUAACACAGUUGUGACACUCCAUGGAAUUCUUAAUACCUCAGUGGCGAAUAAAAAGCGUGAAAAGUGAAUUACCUCACUGACUGAACAGAUUCCGAUUUUAAAGGAAUCGACUAGUUUUUAAUAUAGCUUGCUCAACAGUAGUCUGGCCUUAGAUUAGUUAAUAGUAUGUAAAUGGCCCUUUUCUAUCUUAUAUAUUAAACUCAGUGCCUUAAAAGACAACCUUUGACACUAAAGUCAAUUAUUUAUUUUAAACAACCAACAUGUCAAAGUCAUAACUCUUAACGUCGUUUGAACACCUUUGCGAAUAUGUACGUAAUUUGAAAUACGUUUGAGUUCAAUUAGCAAUAUAAAGAAUUUUGAAAUGGAAAUCCUUUGCUGAAAAUUAUUCUUUUUUCUUGGAAAAUCUUGGAAAUGGGGGCCAACAUAAGAUUUUGGACCUACAGCGUAGGUAGAAACAUUUUCUAUAAUGUCAACUUUAAAAUGAACACUUUACUUAAUUUUUUUAUUGUUUCUCAUAUUACGAACUAUAACAGUCGGUGUAGGUCCAAACAAACCUCUAAAAACAAUAUGACAAUAACUUUGUUUGUACAAAAGUUCAAUAAUUGUCAAACUUUAAAGUAUAAUUUGGGAUUUAAUAACAAUCGUAAUUUAACAUUCAAAGUUUGACAAUUAUAUAUAGGUGUAAAAUAUUAUCUGUAACAGAAUUUCCUGUGAUGUUACCAACAUUAAAAAUCCAAAUCAUUUUUAGAGGAAUAGUUAUUUUAUACUAGUCCUGUACAUAUUUAAGUAUUGUGGUAACGCUGCAUAAUGAAUAUAAACAUUUAGCUCGACAGAUUAGGAUCUACUAUCGAUACGAUAUUUGGUUCAUACCAUAUAUACCUACCUACCAAAACAGGUAAUCAAUUUACCACGCAAAAAUUAGCAUUGCAGGGUUACCAACUUAAAAAUUUUGGUGAUGGAUGUCUAGUUCUAGAAGAUAUUGUCUGUGCCCACGGUAUAAGGAAGAUUAUAUACCUAUUGUACUUAACUGUUUAAUAUAUACGAUAUGGGAUUAGAAAUUAUAUGCAAUUUAAUUGCCAUUAAUUGUUACCAUAAAUGAAAUUUUAUUUAAAUAUUUUGGGACAUUGAAUUUUAUAUUUUAAUACGUAUUAUAGUAUAGGGACAAAACUAAUAAAUUAAUUUUGAAGAAAUAAUUGUAACUUUAUUAGUUUUUCCCUCUACACAUUAAUUAAAUGUUACCUAAAUAAUAUACCGAAUGAUUAAUAUAAGAAUUUUAUUUUGGAUUUAUAUAGUUAGUAAAUAAUAUAAGACUUCGUAAGAGAUCGUAAAAGCAGACCACAGAAAGAUAAUUUGCGAGUCCUCUAAAAUUCCCGCCAAUUUAAAAGGCGAAGAUAAUCUGUGGUUCUCGGACCAAUCUUUGGAAACUGUCUAUUCUUUUUGUAUUAAUUAAAUUAUUCUUGCCUCCUUGAAUAAUCGUCCAAGCCUAUUGAAUAUUGCCAGUGUAUUCCAGUUAGUAUUUUAGACGAUUUAUAUAAACCAUGUCACAAAUGUUUUUAAACUAUUAUAUUAUGCACUCGAAUCUCAUAUCUUGUCUUGUUAUAAUUAUUUCCUAUAUUUGCGAAUAAUGGUUGAUUUAUCAAACACGUAAACAUCGUAUGAAGAGGAAAUCAAAAUUAAAUCUCGUUAUAAUUUUCAUUGUCUUAGCAGCGAAACUGUGUUCUGUUUCGAAACGACGCUGAUUUCCCAGUAAUCAAAUCUAAAACGUGAGAUGAUAAUUAUAUCCUAUAAUAAUUGAUUGAUAUUUCUUAAACGAUUGAUGAAUCAACCACUGUUGUCACAAAUUGCUCAAUGAAUGUGUGUUGAAUGUUUGUAUGUAAUAAUGAAAAGAAGCUCAAUUUUAAUUAGCUUUAAAGCCGAAGACUUAGAAAUACAUUCCAUUAUGAACUUUAUCGGAUGGGCGUAAGGACUAAUAUUGUAAAUAAUUUACACUUUUGUAUCCAACUUCGUUUAUAAUAAAAUAUUAAGUGGAA